GAGACCAUCCACGACAAGAACGAGUACAUUCAGCUUGCGCUGCGCACUGGCUUGACGGACUGCACUAUCUUCGUUCACAACACGCCCGUUGUCGUCUUGCUGUGGUUGAUGCAGUACCACAGCGAGUUCCACAAAGGUGCUCGAUAUUCCUUCUGUGAGAUGAUCAGUGAGACGCCUGAUAUCGAGGCAAAAUGGCUCGUCUACAAGAAGCAGAAAGGCGUGGCCUCCCGCAUGGGUGAGACGGUUCAGAUCAAGAAUAAAGAUACCAACCUCAUGGAGACCAAGAAGCUGACCUACGAGCAGUCGUACUGGCGCUGGAUACCCAUGAACUUCGGCGGGAAGUUCACCACGUUUCAGGUCUUCGACGCCGCCAAGAUCUUCGAGCACAAUCUUAACAAGUUCGGGCUCAAGGACGAGUUCUUCCAGUUCUACCAGGCGAAAUGCAACUUCCUCAGUGAGCGUUUCAGCACGGAGGUCAGCGUCAAGGUGUUGCACGGCAUCUCGACCCUGUUGGCCGGCGGCAACUUGGAGGGGGGCUUGACAGCGGCGCAGCUCAAGACGACGGCGUUUGAGACCUUGAAGUUCUGUGUCCCUCUCGGCGACACUGGAGACGGCACUCCUCCUUGGAUCUUCGACAAGUUCGACGUCGAGGCGGCGCGGUACAUUCUCACUCCGAUGGCCGAGAGCAAGGUGUAUACGAAGAAGCCGCAGUUCGAGCUGAAGGGGGAGCUCCUGAAGACGUUUCCAGACCUGACGGUGCCACAGGAACAGUUCGACACCUUGACCACCUUGACAGCUGGUUCGGAACCGCAGCUCGCUUGCUUCGCUGACGACGUGUGGCGCCUGAUCGAGCACAGCAUUCGCAUCGUCGACGCCUUCGGUGUCACCGACAAGCUUCUCUCUACCAGCCAGACAGCUCUGAUCCGCAAGGUCGCGUCGUUAUCAUUGGAAUUCUGUUUUGCAGCCACGCUGACGCUCAACAACAAGACCUACACGAGCUGUGGCAGAGUGCGACCCCAGCUGCAGCGCCUGAUUGUCGAUGCGCUCUUGAACGCCCCGCCGGCUGGCAACUCGGGCGUCGGCGGCCGUGACCAAGCGGCGGCUGUGAUCGAGCGCAUCAUGAGCGGGACCUCCUUGGAUGAUGACGAGAAGGAGUCAUUGAACGAGUCUUCGAGUAGGAUUGCCAUCUUCAUGGAUGAGCCCGCCAUGGUUGACGGGCUGAAGGGCGGAACGGGGCUGCCAUUGCAGCUGCCUCAGCUCAUGGCGUAUAUCUGGGCGGCAGUGAAGAAGCACGUCGACCCCGAGUGGAUCAAUACCGCAGCGGACACAGUGGUUGCGGCUGCAGAACACAGCGGCGAAGCGCCUUCAGUCAUCACCAGCGUCUUCGCCAACUUCAAGAAGGCCGUCGAUGCAAGCCACAUGCGUGGCGAGUACGUGCUCGCAGUGGUGGCGUCGACGUGCGGGCCACCAGCGCUCAUGGCAAAGCCGUGCGGCGUCUGCAUGAAGACCGCCCUCGCCAGCAUGAACAUCCAGACUGUAGCUGUCGCUCUUUGUGAUAUCGAUGCCUGCCAGGACUCCGAGGACGCAUGGGUGAGAUUCUGGGUCGAUGCCAUCGGGAAGCUCGCAGAGGAGUCCCAGGUUGCGGCGCUGCCCACUCCCAUCAUGACGCUCGCAGACAUCUACGAGCUCGCCGACGCCCCCAUCCUCAAGGAGGGCGGCAUGGAGGUUAGAGUGGGCGCGUGCUAUCUGGGGCGCGCCCAGCGCGCCCUCGAGAAGAUCGUUUGGGACAUGGUCGACCCGAGCUGUUUCGCCGAGGCCGUCGCCAUUGACUUGUCCAAGAAGGGUGGUGAGCCAGUUGCGCUCGAGAUCACGGCGAAGUUGAACUUUGUGUUUGCUGGAAGCGUGCAGCUCUGGCAGUCGCCGCCGACCAAGAAGAGUUUCAAGCUUGCCACCGCCCUCGGCUCUGACGUGCGGUUGCACGGGGAUGCGCGCUCUAAGACCACGUCGGAAUGCCCCGUCCCAGCCUGGAUGGUCGGCACCACGCCCAAGGAGGCAGAGGCGAACGUGGAGUUGACCUACACCCACAAGGUCGUGUACCUGGACGCGCUCUCGCUGUACCCGUGCGCCCGCGACGUCGCGGACUCGCUCCGCAUCGACAUGACGGCGCCCCACCUCGCGCCAUUGGCCGCGCGGGUGGGGGCGACAGCGACGCCCGGGGCGCCUUUUGUUUUGAAGCGGUUCGCUGCUGCGACCGAGGGGCGCCAGACUGGCGCCAAGCGGUCUGCUGCAGCAGCAGACCUCAGUGGCGCUGCCGCAGUGUGCUCUGGGCCUUCUGCGAAAGCUAUCCAGGAGCGUUUGGGCGCCAUCGCAGCGCAGAAGGCUGGCGGAUCGCCCCCCGCGCCGAAGCCCGAGGCUAAGGCCAAGAGCAGGGGUCUCGCCGUGGGCAAGCACCUCUU